GCGGGGCGGGGGCCUGGGUCUCCCGGGAGGAGCUGGGGAACACCGGGCGCCUCUCGCGGAGGUGCACGCCAAGUUCUCGGGAAGGGAGGGCAGUGAGGUUUCUCCAGACCCCAGCCAGCGACUCCAGCUCUGCACCCGUCUCCCAGCCAGAGGUGCUGCAUGAGGGGCCGCAGGGGCGAUCGCAUGACCAUCAACAUCCAGGAGCACAUGGCCAUCAACGUGUGUCCUGGACCUAUCAGGCCCAUCCGCCAGAUCUCGGACUACUUCCCUCGCAGUGGGCCAGGACCAGAGGCUGCUGGCAGCAGGGGCUGCGGGGAUGCCCCAGCUCAUUUGACCCCUCUGGCUCUGGCCCCCCCUGCGGCUCUCCUUGGGGCCACCACACCCGAUGAUGGAGCUGAGGUAGAGGUAGACAGCUACGACUCGGAUGAUACCACUGCCCUGGGCACUCUGGAAUUCGACCUUCUCUAUGAUCAGGCUUCCUGCACUCUGCACUGUAGAAUCCUCAGGGCCAAGGGCCUCAAGCCCAUGGAUUUCAAUGGCCUGGCUGACCCCUAUGUCAAACUGCACCUCCUGCCGGGAGCCUGCAAGGCCAAUAAGCUAAAAACUAAGACCCAGAGGAACACACUGAACCCCGUGUGGAACGAGGAGCUGACGUACAGCGGAAUCACAGAUGAUGACAUCACACACAAGGUGCUCAGGAUCUCUGUCUGUGACGAGGACAAGCUGAGCCACAAUGAGUUUAUCGGGGAGAUUCGAGUGCCCCUCCGCCGCCUCAAGCCUUCACAGAAGAAGCAUUUUAACAUCUGCCUUGAGCGCCAGGUCCCGCUUCCUUCACCCUCUUCAAUGUCUGCGGCACUGAGGGGCAUUUCCUGUUACCUAAAGGAGCUAGAGCAGGCAGAGCAGGGACCUGGGCUGCUGGAAGAGCGUGGGCGCAUCCUGCUGAGUCUCAGCUACAGCUCCAGGCGGCAUGGGUUGCUGGUGGGCAUUGUUCGCUGUGCUCACCUGGCUGCCAUGGAUGUUAACGGCUACUCUGACCCUUAUGUGAAGACGUACUUGAGACCAGAUGUGGAUAAGAAAUCCAAGCAUAAAACAUGUGUAAAGAAGAAGACAUUAAACCCAGAAUUUAAUGAGGAAUUCUUCUAUGAAAUGGAACUCUCCACUCUGGCCACCAAAACCCUGGAAGUCACAGUCUGGGACUAUGACAUUGGCAAAUCCAAUGACUUCAUUGGUGGUGUGUCUCUGGGGCCAGGAGCCCGGGGAGAGGCGCAGAAACAUUGGAGUGACUGUUUACAUCAACCGGAUACAGCCCUGGAGCGCUGGCACACCCUGACCAGCGAGUUGCCCCCAGCUGCAGGGGCUUUCCCUUUGGCCUGAGCAGACAGUAGCUGCCCAGCAUAGGCCCUUGGGGCCGGGUCCAGUACCCAACCUUCGCACGAGUGUGUUGCACGUUUACACGGGGUGGGAUGCCCGCCCCACACUACCUGUCUUAUUUUUGUGAGUCUCUGUGACUGUGGGUCUGUCUUCUUGUGAGGGACCAUGAGAGCUAUUUCACAUAUGCAAACUUUCUUCUGCCUAACUUGCUGUUACCGCAAAUAUGCAACCCCCAUGCACGGGGCCCUGUGGGGUCUCCUGCCAGGGUCCCUACCCCACCCUGCUACUCCUCUCUUGGCCUCUCCAGGCUGCCCGGCCCCCUGCUGCACAGGGAGGAGGUCGGAUUAGGGGAGAUUAGAGGAGGACAUUUCCAAAGGAGGAAAGAACGAGGAAAGAGCCAGCCCUUUAAUACAGA